GUUGGUACAAGAUAAUGUAGCUGAGGAAAGACCAAAGGCCAUUGUAGCCAUUUGAGAUUAGAGAGACUCUGUUUCUGAUCUCACCUCAAAGCUCAAAGCUUUUUGAGUCUGUUGUUCUCAACGGUCCUUUUAACGAACUUAUCCGUCCCAAUUCCACAUAUAUGUUCCACUAUCUAUCUUCAUAUUCGGGUUCGGAUUCGGGUUCGAGUUGGCCCAAAUCUCAACCCAAGUUGUAACCGGGUACAAUAGAAGUACAGAAACUGGGACUAGGACACUAGGUGUUGUUUGACUUGUUUCAGUGGGAAACAAACACUGGUGGAGAGCUCAGAGGCUUGGGGACGAUGAAACGCUUCUUCCAACCAGUAGAGAAAGAUGGGUCUGCCAAAAGACCCAACCUUUCAUCACCCAAGAGUGAAGAAACUUCAAUGGAGGACAAACCCAAGAGAGAGCCAACCAAGUUCUUAACUUGGAAUGCCAAUAGCUUUCUUCUUAGGGUCAAGAACAACUGGCCUGAGUUCACCAAGUUCAUCACCACCUUUGAUCCCGACGUCAUUGCGAUACAGGAAGUUAGGAUGCCUGCUGCUGGUUCAAAGGGUGCACCUAAACGCCCAGGAGAGUUGAAAGAUGACACUAGCUCAUCGCGUGACGAAAAGCAGAUAAUAAUGCGUGCCCUGUCAAAUCCACCCUUUGGAGAUUAUCGUGUUUGGUGGUCACUUUCUGAUUCAAAGUAUGCAGGGACUGCAUUGAUUGUAAAGAAGUGUUUCCGACCACAAAAAGUAUUUUUCAAUCUUGACAGAAAAGCUUCGAAGCAUGAACCAGAUGGUCGGGUUAUCUUAGCUGAAUUUGAGACGUUUCAGUUAUUGAAUACAUAUGCACCAAACAAUGGCUGGAAGGAGGAAGAAAACUCAUUCCAAAGGAGACGAAAAUGGGAUAAAAGGAUUUUAGAGUUUGUCUUGCACUGUUCAGAAAAGCCUCUCAUAUGGUGUGGUGAUCUGAAUGUCAGCCAUGAAGAGAUCGAUGUUAGUCAUCCAGAUUUUUUCAGUGCAGCAAAGGUUAAUGGUUAUGUUCCUCCGAAUAAAGAGGAUUGUGGACAGCCUGGAUUUACCUUGUCUGAGAGAAAGCGUUUUGGAAACAUAUUGAAAGAGGGAAAGCUAAUAGAUGCAUACCGAUUCCUCCACAAAGAGAAGGACAUGGAGCAUGGCUUCUCCUGGUCAGGAAAUCCCAUUGGAAAGUAUAGAGGCAAAAGGAUGAGGAUAGACUAUUUUGUAGUUGCAGAGCAACUCAAAGAUAGGAUUGUUUCAUGUGAGAUGCAUGGGCAAGGGAUUGAACUUCAAGGAUUCUAUGGAAGUGAUCAUUGUCCAGUUACCCUUGUGCUCUCAGAAGCACAACAGAGUUCUAAGGAGAGUGACUUAACUGCUUAAACUGAAACAAUUUAUGACAAUCCCAAUGUUAUAGGACGAAGUAUUAU